CUGAAGAUGGCUCAACUCCAGCGAGUUUCCACCGGUGUCCAGUUUCGCGGAGCGCCUCAACUGCGCCCGUUUCUCCUGCCGGACGUGAGACGGACGGGCAAGCCGCUGGGCGGCGGGUCGUACGGAGCCGUUGAGGAACUGCAAAUGGCGGGCCUCGUUUGCGCAGGGAAGACGAUGUACGACGCUCUAAUAGACCCCAGGAACCAAGGGACCCAGAACAUGGUCGAAAAGUACUACAAAGAAUGCAGUUUGCUCUCGGAACUUCGUCAUCCGCACAUCGUCCAGUUCCUGGGUAUCUGCUUCUUCCCCGAUCCCGACUCCCCGUUCUGGUGAUGGAGCGACUCCACACGAGCCUCGACGACAUGCUGGAGCAAUAUCCCGACAUCCCUCUUCACGUGAAGCUGUCGAUUCUCCACGACGUGACGAAGGGGCUGGUUUUUCUGCACACUCGGAAUCCGGUUAUCGUUCACCGCGACUUGACGGCUCGCAACGUUCUCCUUGACGCGGCCAUGACGGCUAAAAUCGCCGACCUGGGCAAUUCCAGGAUUACCAAUCUUCGUCCGGGGCAGCUAGCCGGGACCAUGACGAUGGGGAUACCGGGAACUCUGGUCUACAUGCCUCCCGAGGCCUCCACAGAUCACUACGGUCCGCCACUAGACAUGUUCUCAUUCGGUCACCUCUGCCUUUUUACCGCCACUCAGGUAUUCCCAGGAGAUCUACUCCCUUCAACUUACACCGACCCUCGUAAGAACAAGGUGAAGGCUCGCACAGAGCUGGAACGCAGAGAGAGCUACAUGUCACCACUGGAGGCGACUCUGGGGAAGACACAUGGUCUGGUGUCCCUCGUCAAGGGGUGUCUGGAGAAUGAUCCAAGAAGACGACCGACUGCCAGUCAGGCACUGGACCGAAUGAGAGAUAUGAUGGCUGGCCUCAGACCUCCUUUCCUCCAUAUGAACAGGUUCCAGUUGGAAAAGACUCUGACAGACAAGUCAGCUGAAGCCGAUACACAGGCAAGAGAGAUAGCUGACAAUAGGAGGAGACUACAACAUCUGAACCAGGGAAUUGAAGAACUAAGGUCAAAGAAGGCAGAGCUGGAGACAGAGGCAGAGGUAGCAGCCAGGGAGAAAGCUGGACUACAAGCAGUGACUGAUUUGCAGGCCAGAGAGAUAGCUGACAAUAGGAAGAGACUACAAGAUAUAAACCAGGCAAUCGAAGAACUAAGGUCAAAGAAGGCAGAGCUGGAGAAAGAGGUAGAGGUAACAGCCAGGGAGAAAGCUGAACUUCAAGCAGUGACGGAGUUACAAGCAGUGGAAAUUGAAGACCUAAGUAAACAGUCGGGAAAACCAAAGGCCUCAAAGUUUCCAGAUAUUUUGAAGUGUCAACUUCCUCUCAAGUGGAAAACCACCACUGAAAUGCCGAUGGGAGCAAUGGUUGCACAGGCAGUGGUGAUAGGAGAGAAGGUCUACAUUGGAGGAGGUAUGAUGGCUGUGAAGAAGGUGAGAGGGAGUGGGGAGAGAGUGGUGGGUGGAAGUACAGACCGAGAGGAGAAAAAGAGAGCACAAUUAUCAAUACUGGAGUGCAGUAUGACAGGAGAAGGUCCUCAGUGGAGGACAAUAGUAGCUCCAACUGGUGGGUUUGCCAUGGCAGCAGUUGAUAACCAGCUGAUCAUAGCUGGUGGAGUGGUUCCAGGCGCUAAUGUAUCUGACCACGUGUCAGUGCUGGAUAGUGACAACAAGACAUGGACACAGCCAUUUCCUGCAAUGCCUACAGUUAGGUUUAUGCCAUCGGCAAUAGGCUACAAGAGGUGGCUGGUUGUGGUUGGGGGAUCAGUAACACCAGAUGAUAAAAAUCUUAUCAAUGUUGUGGAAGUGUUGGACACCAGCUCCAAACAGUGGUACACAGCGUCACCACUACCAAGACCUACACUUCGACCAUCACUUGCCAUCAUUCAAGACACACUCUACACUUCGUAUGUCUCUGCUGAAGAGAUCCCAUUUACAAAGCAAAUCUUCAUUCCUACUCUGAUAUCAAAUGCCAUAUCUUGUGCCCAGGCGUCACCAAAUAAUUUGACCCAAACUGAAUGGCAGGAACUGCCCGACACGCUUACCCCAUUUCCAGCUCUUACAUCAUUCCAUGGCCAUCUCCUUGCUGUGGGGGCUGACGACAGUCCAUCAUCCACCAUAGCCAUGUACCUCCCACACAUCCAACAGUGGCAGAAAGUGGCAGAGCUCCCAACACCACGUGGUGGCUGUGCAUGCUGUUUUCUACCAGCCACCAAACAACUACUGGUGUUUGGAGGGGAGGAUGAAAAUCAGGACCAUAUCUUUACCAUGGACAUCUGUGAACUAGACACAGAGCACAACUAACUAUACAUUUUGGUAACAAUAGUUGUUGCAUAAUUAAUAUUUGCUGCAUUAAUUAAUUUUUU